CUUUUUUUAGGAGGAAGGGGAAAAGGAACUGAACCGGUGGAUCACGCACCACGGACAGGUAGGGUUUCGGCCACCGCAGCCAUGGCCGACGCCACGCCGUCCAUCCCGAGCGCCAUCGCCUCCCUCCAGGCCUACUCCACGGCCCUCUCCGCCUUCACCGCCGCAUGGCGUGCCGUCGAGACCCACGCCUCCAGCCUCGACUCCACCCUCGCCGCCCGCCUAGCCGGCUACACCGAGCUCGAGCUGAUCUGCUCGGCGAUGGACGGCGCCGGCCUCCUCGCGUACCUCACCGAGCACAGGGACGAGCUCAAGGAGCCAGCGCGCGCCCUCGACGCCGCCCUCCAGGUGGCGCCCGACCCGGGGCUUCUGGUCCUCUCUGCGGCCGCGACUUUCUGCCGCACGCCGCCGGAGAAGGCCAAGAACGACGGUAGCGUCAAGGCGUCCUGCCGCCUGCUCAUGGCCUUGCUCGACCGGCUGCGCGCGAUUGGGUUCAAGCCGUCGCCUGAGGCACGCGACGAGGCCAGAGCUGUCGCGGCGGACUGGAAGCGAGGCAAGCGGAUCGGGACGGAGGUGAUGUUUAAGCAGGAGACGUUCGCCUUCUUGCAUCUCGUGGGAGUGUUUGGGCUCGUGGAGGAUGUGGGCGGUGCCGGCGAGGUGCUUGAUCUAGUCGUGUCGAUCUCUGGUCGUGAGCGCGCUGUUGAGGCCUUCCUCGUCCUUGGCCUGGACCUCGACCAGCAUAUGCCAAUCCUCAUUCAGAAAAUGGUAAACAAAAGCAAACAGCUAGAGGCAGUCAAAUUCAUUCAAGCUCUUAAUAUAGUGCACAAAUACCCUUUGUUGCCUAUUAUGAGGUCGUACAUUGAUCAUGCUGCAGUUGCUGGUAAGAUGAUCCGCAUCAGGGGAGAUGAUCUUGCUACUCAGAAUGCAGCUGAUGCAAAAGAGCGCACACUUCUUGGAACAUUGCAGAAGUUCAUUAAGGAACAGAAGCUAGAAGAACUGCCUAUUUUUGAAGAAGCUAACAAGCGAAUGGCACAUUUGGAUCAGCAAAGUGCUGAGAGAAAAAGAACUGCUGCAGCAGCGGCUGCGGCUGCCCAAAAGGUUAGUAAGAACAUUGAGGAGCAGCAGAAAAAGAUACAGGAGCUGAUGCAGCCUGCUAAGAGACCAAGGCCCGAGAAUGUGGUGCAAGGUUCAUUAGGCCAGAAUGUUAACCCAGCUAGAACCUCUACUCAACAAUUUAAGCCACAGCAUAGCAUUCAUAAAGCUGGAGUGUCAAAUCAGUAUCAAGCUGCUUUAACUCAGAAUGUACUGCCAGCAAUCAAUCAGAUUUCGCAGCUAGUUGCUGGGAGCCAUCGUCCAGUUGGCAUCCAAAAUCAGGCCAUUGCUGUUCCGCCUCAAUAUGGUAGUGGUAGCUUGGCAAGUUAUUAUGGAGUGACGUCCACCACGCCAUACAGGUCCAGCACUCUAGCUCCUGGACCUGGUGCUUUGAAUGGUCCAAGUGCGCAGGCAUCAUCAAGAUCAAAGCUCUAUUCUGGAGAUCCCCUCGCGGCUGUCUCCCGAUCAUCAGAUAAGAAGGGAUCAUCUUACAAAUAUUCUUUGUCUAGUAUGUCAACUUAUGAUCAUAAAUGAAGAUUUGUUUUGUCUGCCUCUGGACGAACCUGACAAACCUUGAAAGUUUGGGUUUCAGACCGAGCUCUGGUCCCCUUUGUAAAUGCCAAGUCAUUGUAGCUAACAAAGGUCCUUUUACAAUAUAAAGGAUGUGGGUUUUUAUCUAGAAGAGAUUCUCCUAUGGAGUCCGAUAAAUAUUGUAGGAAUUCUAACAUAUCUUCCGUCCAUAUGGGCACAUUCUCUUUUAUUCAAUCUGAAUCUGAUUCAUAUGCCUUUUCUUGUGGUA